GGCCUUACUGUAGUAAAUGGUGUGAAGCACUCUAAGUGUGCUGGGAGCAUUCAUUGGUUCAUUGCUUGGUGCUCACCCUUUUCGUUCCUUAAAAAUCCAUAUACGUAUAUAUAUAAAAUAUCAAAUAGUGGAUGGUGGCUGAAAAAAAAAAAAAAAGAGGCAGGAUGUCGAUUAACCUUAAAUGUAAAAGCAUAGAAAUAUAUAAAAAUAUGCAUUGCAAUUUCAACACAUGAAUCAGAAAUAGUUGUAAAAGGGAUAAUCAUUCUGGAAGCUUGGCACUGAUGUAGUGAGUUUGUACAUGAAGUUUUUAUACAGCUGCUCUUCACUGAAAUAAUGUGAAAUAUGAAAGAACCGGGGCUUUCCUUUUGGUGUGCAUAUGGCAGAUUGGUCUUCUUUGAGCCUUAUUUCUUUAGAAUGCAUUUUAAUAAAGAAUCAAAAAUUACAAACAAAGCACUCUUUUGAAGAUGAACAAUAUAAGAUGCUGGUACAGAGCUUUAGGGAAAGCAGCUUGAUCAGGGAAGAAAAUUACUGAUUUCUGUUAGGAAAAGACUUUUUCAUGUGAUUUUCAAACUGAAAUCCAGUACUGGUUGGAUUUUUUCCCUGGGUUUUGUUUGGAUAGGAAGAACAGAGCCUUAUCCUAGAAGUACUUCAGUGAUGGCUGUAUGCUGUAUUCUUUUCAUUAGUUAAUGCAAUGGUAAUUCUGUUUUGAUACCGUAAUUAAUUUUUUUUCUUUUCCUGUCAUUUGGAGCAAGCAAGAAGGUGGUCUUUGGAAAAUCUAAAUCACAGAACUCUUUUUUUCCUAAGUGAAAUUGGAUGUCUUCUCAUGAGAAUUUCUUGUUGAUGUUCACUACACUGUUGCAGAAAGGCUGGGAUCUGACUUGGGGUGAAGGUCUACCUUGCCUCCUAGAUAAGCUGCAACUCUAAGUGCACUGCAUCUGUGACAAUGAGAAACCAUUUCUGAGGUAGGCAAGUUGAGGUCAGCAGAGUUCUAGUGCUGAACAUGCACAUUCUUUCCAUCGUGGACAUGAGCCAAACUUCUCAAAGUAAUUGUUGUUAUUUCUAUCUAUUCAGACUGAGCAACUUGCUGUGGUACCAAGAGAUACCAAAGUUGUUGAAGUAGAAACUUUCAGAAAGUUCCAGAAGAAAAAUUUGAGCAGAAAUAAAAAGUAGGAGUUAGAUUUCUGCUCUGCUCUCCUGAAUUGUUUCUUUAUAUAUCUAGUAGUUUAAUGAAAUACAUUAUUAUAGUGAGUAAUAUGAGGGAUGUUGUGUCGGAUUUACCAUAGCCUUGUGUUUGUUAGGUGUCUCAUUUUAAGUGCAAGUGGAAACUAGAAUUACUUUGGAGUUGAUCUGAUUUUUAACUGGAGCUUUUCAAAUGGCUUAAAAUUAUCUCUCUUGAAAACUCUGGUUAUUAAAGAAUAUGAGAUUAGUGAUAGGCGGUAUUUUUAAUUUUUGAUUAAUAAAUUUGUGUUCAGGUGGUAUCUGGAACCUUGUCAUACAGAUUCAGCUGUAGGAAUAUCAUUCCUAAUAAUAUUUUGAUUGAAGUCUAAAGGUGCAGUUUUAGUAAUGCAACAAAGAGUUGAAGGUAGUUGUUUUAUGCAACUAAUACCAGCAUAAUGUCAGCAAAAUUCAAUUGUGGGUAUUGCUCUUAAAUUUAAAUCAAUCACUUGAAUCUUUCUCUACCCACAGUAUCAAAUUUUCAGCUAACUAACAAAAUUGUCUGCCUUGACAGAGUUUACUUCUUGUCGUAAGAGAAAGAAGAAAAAAAUCUGAAAUUACUUCUUUGUAUUAUUACUUACUUGCAGUGGGGAUUAGCUGAGCAUCAACAUACUGGACUGGGUUAUUGAAAGAGGACAGAGAGGAAUUCUGGAGCAUCUGACAGAGGAGAAGCAGAAAAAGCUGUGGCUGUUUAGCCUUGGGAUAAGAAAACUUGGGGAGGAUAUUAUUAUCCAUGUGUAUAGGUAUCUGAGGAGGAGAUUAAGGAAGAUGGAAUCAAAUUCUUCACAGUGGUGCCUGGUGGAGAGGCAAGAAGCCCUUGGCAUAAACUGAAAUACAGGAAACUCCACUCAAACACAAGGGAAAAAGUUUUCUUUUUUUACUGUUAAACAUGGUCAGACGUUUAGAAGAGGUUACCCAGAGAACUUGUGCCUUCAUAGACCUUUAAGUGACUGAAAACUCAGCUGAGCACAACCCUAAUUCUGCUUCAGCCUUCUCUAAUUAACUGUGCUUUGAGCAAUGGCAUGGGAUUGAUGGUCUCAGAGAUCCCAUCCAUCUGCAGUGACUCCGUGAUUUGGUGUACCCAUGUCUACUGUUGUCCUCCCAGUUGGUUUGAAAUAAAAUUGGAGCUUGUUAGUGAAAGGUAGAUUCUAAGUUUGAAUGUAAGUCUCUAAUUCAAGUGUUCUCUACAGAAAUAGCAGAUCCACUGAAGAUGCUUCCUUCCCUUUCCAGCUGUCGUUAGACUUUGUAGAAUUUACUGCCUCUACAGCUAUGCAUAUGGAGUGGUUUUUCUUUGACUGCUUCUGAUUUACUUCUCAGGAAAGUUGGCCAUGUAAUUUAAUUGCCUUUCAUUAGGCAGCCUGAUCUGGGUAGGUCUGUACUGAGAUUACUGAGGAAGUGUUCAGAAGAUAUUCAGCAUGGGAGUGAACUUGCACCAGAGUUCCAGAGUAGUCUGCCAGUGUUGACCUCCUAGGAAAGCCCUGCAAAUUUCUUACUAUUUAUCUGCAUUUCAAUGGGCUCAAAGCUUUACUGGACAAUGAAAGAACAGAAAUAAAAAGAUGCUUCUGAGAGACUUUAAAUGGAUGCAAUAGUUCUUACCUAGCCACGGUUUCAUGUGGAAUUUCCUUUGCUAAAGUAUAGCUUCAAAACCGAUUACAAGGAGGCAGCAUCCAUGGAUGAUUUCUGGCACUUUAUGAAACAGCUUAUUUCCCCAGUUUGACUCGGGGAUAAAAACUUGGCAUUUUUGCCUUCUAGUAUUAAACAAACACACACAAAGAAAAUGCAAACAAACCCAGCAACAACAAACAACCCCACUGCAAUGUUGUGAGCCUUUUUUCUGCUGUAGUGGACAGUUAUUUUGGACAGAUACUGAAGUUACAGCAUUUUAAGAUUUUUAAUUGAACUGUAGGUGAUACCUGAGAAGUGCUGUUUUCUGAUACCUGUCACCUUUAUGGGAAGGAAUUACCUGGUUAAACUGUAGACAAGGUCUUCCGAAAUCUUCAGUUGAUCUUUUACAAUAUGGAUAUAAUUUUUUUCAAUUUUAAGCUAAUUAUGAGAAAGUUACCUAUUCAAAAUCCAUAGUACAAGUGAGAAAUGGAAUUGCCACAGUCAUCUCCGUCCUGUGAAAGAUUUGCAGUUUAUGUGCAGUGCAUGUGUCACAAAGGUGUCAUGGCUGUGCAACAGUCUAGUGAUUUGUACUAAAAGCUGAACUUGAGAAGAAGUGAGCCUGCUGGGACUGCUGGAGCGGAUCGUGGCCAUCUCAUACUGUUCUCCUGCUCUGGCUGAGGGCCAGUGACUCCUUGAUAAAUUGUUACUUCCCAGUUUUUAUGUACUCUGUAACCUUCUCCCUUCUUGGCUGGCUGGUGUGAGAUAUAACUGUGUGUGAUGCUUGAUCAUAUUGAUGCUUGAUCAUAUUGUUUUGUUAUGUGGCUAAUAUGUUUUGUAAGAAACCCGUUUCCCUCCUUCCCUCCCUCCCUCCCUCCCUAUGAAGAAAGAUAUCAGUAUGUUUAAUUACAGGUGAACAUUUUGUUAGAGGUAUUCUCUCAUAUUUUCAUCCAUUACAAAGAGGUUGACCUGAACUGGCUUAGGGAGUAUUAUCUCCCCCCACAAAACACCUACAUUUUACAUGGCAGCAGCCUAUUAUGCCCUUAUCAGCUGGAAUAAGGCUUUUACUUUGCUACUGCUAGAGCAAAGAUUAAGAGGCAAAUGGGAUCCAGAAACAUCUUUCCAAAACAGUCCAACUUCUGUUGAUGAGCAGGGGCAGGCACAGGGGCAGGAAGAAGAAUUCUGCUGAUGUCCUUAAAUUGAGGUUCUGCUCCUAGCUCUAACAGCAUUAAUUAGCAACUCUGCUUGUGCUAAUAAAUUACCACCUGCUGUCACAACCAGAAAUGUAUGCACCCUAAUGAGUGAAAGGAACUGGGUAAUGAAAAACUACUCCUUUUUGUAAGAUAAAUGUAAAUGUUUUGCUCUUCCUAACUGACACAUGGAGAGGUCUGUUUGACAGUAGCUAUUCAGACAAAAAGUGAGCCAAGUUCAUACUCAUAUUUAGUAGGAAGGAAAGCCAAGCUGCUACUGCUGUUUGACAUACCUCAGCUGGCUAUUCCCUACCUGCUGUUUUGUAGUAAUGGGAGAGAAAAGUCUUCAACUAUCUUGGCAAUUCGUACAUCUGGAAGUGAUUCACAUUGUAAGAAAGGUAUCAAAACAAGGUAAUUUCUGUAAUGUAGAAAGUGUCAUUGGUUAGACCUACUGAAUAGGCUUUUCCCUGGCUUGAUAGUUUAAUGUACUGAUUCUGAGGCAAGGGUUUUUAAUGAAGCCCUCCAAAAUGGCAGUAAUGCCAGGAUGAGAUUGGAACCGCUGACCAUCACAAAAUUGUUUAACAUUUGGUAAUAGUGUCUUAUUUUUCUUUGACAUUUCAGCAGGAAGGUUCGAUGUCUUCCUGGAUUUGUGUGACACUACAGUUAAAAUAAAGUAGUAGCUAAAUUGGCCUUACCUGGAAACAGGAAUUACAGACUCCAAAAGUCAUCUCAUCCAGUACUGUGCCCAAAGGGGGGCGUGGGGGCCAGCUUGAAGGUUAGAUGUAACUUUUUAUUCAAGAGAUUUUCUGGACAGUCUGUUGCAAUAUUAAUCACCCUCACAGUGAAGAAAAUUUCCCAACGUUCAGUAAGAAUUUAUGAUCAUUGCCUUUCAUCUUUGAAUGUGUGUGUCUGAACGUGGCCCAGUCUUCAUUAAAACUUACCACUGUGUUCACUUACACAGCAGAAUAGCUCCCCCCUCCCCUGGCUUAGUUUUGCUGUGUGAAAACUAAGUGAAAUCAAUAAGCAAGUUUACAGGCCAGUCUUUUUUUUCAGCACACUGCUAUGUCAGGAGUACCUGUAAACAUCACUGCUUCAAUGGCACAAAAGAACGAAUCCUACUUUUUCAUGGUGUUGCUGAAAACUAUUAAAAGGCUGCAGUGGUAUACCCUGAAGUUGUCUGGUUUGGUUGGUGAUCAUGAUAGACAUUGUUAUGAAUUACUGCAGUGUUCUUUUGAACAGUUGAAAUUCCACAAGGGUCCCUAGCAUAGCUUCUGUUCCUUUGGGAUAAAACAUUGUUCUUACCAAAUGUAAACAGUUAGCUAAAAAGCUUGUGUAACAGGGGGUUAGUUUGAUGUUUUAAGGACACUCAAUAUUACAGGAGAUACUGAGGCUUGCCUUGAGUGCCAUUACACUUUUUAAAUUUACUGGCAGUACUGACCUCAGCAGAGGUUGGUUUUUGUCAGAAGAUCCAUGCUUUGGUUUUCCAAGUAGUAUCCAAAUCCUAAGUCAGAUUAUCAACUCAGAUUUGAGGUACCUGAAUUUGCAUAUCAACCCAAAUUCUGUGAAAUUAAUGGCAAGUUAUUUCUUGAAUUACCUUCAAGAAUUAUGUAAAGGCAUAGCUGUUUUUAUUUUACUGAUUGAUCUCUGUGUGUAGAAUAACUAGCCCAUUAAAGAAAUGUCCGCAAACAUUUAAGUCCUCUGCCUGAGAUCUUAACAAGUCGCCACAGGGAGAUGUGGGAUGUCUGUGUUGGCCUGGAUGUCUGUAGCAGACCUCUGUCACAGGCUAUUGCAGUUCUGUUCGUGUGUCAGAGUGGGCUUCAGACCCAGUGGUAACUCAGGCGUGCUCUGAUACCAGCAUGUGAGUAGGAGAGUUCUAACUUCUUUCUUUUAUACUCUUAGAGAUUUGAUAGGGUAUUUAAGGGUGGGAGACCAUUACAGUAAAACCAAAUGAAAACUGGUCCAGCUAAGGAUUAAGGAAUAUUUUCAUCACCUUCAUACUGUGCAGACGUUUUUAGUCCAUACAGUGGAGUGAGUAACAGGACAAGUUUGCAUUUGAAGGCAAGUUUACCUGUGUGUUUAAUGGGCCCUGAGGCAUAGAGAAAAGAAUUGCCCUUUGUUUUGCAAUUGAGUGGGUAGAAGUGAACGAGAAAGGAGCAAAAUCUGUGUCUGUAGAGGCAGCUGUGUUUUAGCUGUGACUUGUAAGUCAAAAAAGUUACAAAAGCUGACUUGCACCCUUACAAUGUAGUACUUCUGAACAAUAUGCAGAAUUUAUACACAAGCACUUUAAAAUGGCAAAAGCUUCAUUGUCUUCCAUAUUUUACCAGGUCAGUGUUAUACUUAAAUGUUUUGAAGUUUUUGUACUUAAAAUUAUAAGUAUUACUGACAGGAGGACUCUUGUCUGAGUAUUCUAAGCAAAAAUAUUUUAAAAUUAGGCAUUUGCCUCUGAAAGUUAGAGUGGAAAAGGUUUUCAGUUGUCAUUUCAUGAUUUUUAAGACUCCGCAUUUCACGUCCUCAGUGAUUUUCUUUUUUCUUUUUUUCCUUUCAAACCAUGAACAAAUACAGGCACCUUUCAUACACCUCAGCUAACCUACAGGUUCAUGUAAUGCUGUUUUGCAAGUAUUUUCUUAAUAUGUGGAAAGAAACGGAAGCCAGAUGACCGACCGUUAAGAAAAAAAUAAGGAAGUCACACAGAAAAAAGUCAACUUUGGAAGUGAAGUUCCCACUUAUUAUCACAAUGUGUUUAGUCUACACCGCUGCUGAAUAUUGAGAGAGGAAAAUGUUUUGGGCAGUCUACAUUCUAAGUGCGGAUGCUUUGGCACUUCUUUGCUGAGGAUUUUAUGGUGCUCUCUUCCAGAUGUCUUGUGGUGAGAGCAGGCUAGUUUGUUUGGGCUCUCCCCAUGCCCCAAGAUCUGCAUUUGUCCUGUGUAGGAAGUGCACAGAGCCUGCUUCUGAAUUUUCAGUCUCAUCUGACCAAGAGACUGCUUCACACUUGUCUUAGUGAAAAUAUAUUUUUCAUUCCAGUUUGCUUGAUUUUAUAAGUAUGAUACUGCAAAAUAUCAUAGUGUCACAUAUCCUGGAUACUUUGAUUGUUAUCUCUAAUUAUUCCAGUUGGUAGUAAUUAUGAUUGCUGGAGAAUGGAGGAUGUCCUGAUUUGCUGCUGUCUUGCAGAGCUUACUGUACUUUGAAGGGGAGAAUAUUUGCAUUCUGAUCAAAUUCUUAAAAUCCUGAAGCCUCUGUAUUCCAGACACCACCACCCACUUCUCCACCUACUCCUGUCCUCUAGUCCCUUUCCAGGAAUUCCAGAAAAAAACUAUUUGCUGGACACUCUAUUGACAUCUGGAGUUCCUUGUCCAAUAAGUGGGGGGCUUUUAGGUUUGUUUAACCUAAAAAAAGGCUGUUCCUUUUUUCUCUCUCCCAAAGUUGCCAACUUCCUCAGGAGCUGCCAGGCUAACUGCCCUCCAAUGUAUCAUUUUUAUGGAUGGCUGAACAUUGCUCUCUUUUCAGCAUUUUGUUGCUAUUUAGAUGGCAGCUCUUGGAUGACACCUACCAUGGGAGUCAGCUAACAGACUUAAGGAAUAGCAAGCAAAAUCAUCUAAGGUGUAGUGGUAGACUUGGCAGUGCUGGGUUGAUGGUUGGACUUGAUGGUCUUGAAGAUCUUUUCCAACCUAAAUACGAUUCAAUAUGGGCUUUUAAUAAUUUUGAGUCCUGUCUAAAUUAGCAUUUUCUCUAUAUUCUUAAUGUAAAAAUACAGUUUAGAUUAAUUCCUGUAGUAUUUACACUAAGCUAGUGCCACUAAUUUUGAUUUGCUAAGAAUUUAGUUUUUGAACUGCUAGCACAAGUCAGUGGCAUCAUAAAUGUGUAUGAAUUACAGUCCUAUUUUUUUCCCCUUUUUGUAUCAAAUUUGAGAUGUUCACUGCUUUUUCCUCUGCUUCAAUCUCACAAAAAAAAAAAUUCAUCAAUUUUUUGGAUAUUUUUUGUGUGUACACCCACAGUGGUUGAAUGGUUGAAUCUUCCUUUCAAGGGGAUGAAGGAAGGAAAGGGGAAAAAACCACUACUGCUUUUAUGUUAUGUAAAUGAGUUUGUGAUGUCUUCUUGUUUGUGUGGAAAAAAAUAGAAAUUUUGAUGACUAUGUGCUGUGAUUUAGGUAUACCAGAGGUUAAAGUAGAGAAAGGUAAAUGGUCACAGUUCUAAGAUGCAGAUACUAGCCUUGAUGAAGUGACCAUUAUUGGUUAAAGAAAGGGAGGUAAGGAAAAAAAGCAAGCUCUUAAUUUCCAUGGAAAAGAUAUUACUUACUUUGUAUGACUAAAAAUAUUAUACUAUGUGGUAAACAUGGUAUGAAUUAAAAACUUGUUUACAGAGAUAUUGUCCAGGUCUUAAGCUGCAUUGCUCCUCUGGCAUGCUGUGAUCUGGAGAGCUGCUAUGAUUUCUUUUUCUCCUACCUAAAUAGAUUGAAUUCGCUGGACUCUUUGCCCUAAGUCAAAAUUCUUCAUAUUUGGGAGUCAUACUGGUUUUUGGGUUACUGCAUGCAUUUGAAUAUUCGUGACAGUUACAGCUUGUAGAAUUUUCUGCCUGGAUAGCCAGCUGUUCCUUUCCUGACAUUUCAAACUGAAGAACUGUACAUGAAGGCAAAUUACUCAGGGAAGAUGUUCAAGUCACUUGGAGAGAUCCAUUUACAGAUUUUUCGCAGCAAUAAAUAGUGCUUUUAUUUUAAAAAAAGUCAAUUUAGGGAAAUCCUCUCUUACAGUAAUCCACUCAAAAGACAUUAUUUUCGUAUUCUGUUUUUACUUUGGGUGUUUUGUUUUGGGCUGGCUUGCUUUUAUUAUUAUUAUUUAACUUAGCAUAUUAUGGUUCCUUUAAUGAGAACAAAGGAAAAUGGGUUGGUGCCAGCUUCAACCAAGAUGCCAGAAAUUCCUUUGCUUAAGAGGUUUCCGGCCCAAUGAUUGAACUCCCUAUGCUAAAACUAAAGACAAGUUAGAAAAAUUUGUAGCAAGAUAGUGGGCUAUCUCACCAAAAAUAAAUUUAAAAAAAAAAACCAAACAACAGAACAGUAAAAACCACUAAGCACAGCAUAGCUUCUUUUUAGCUAAGGAAAAAAGAAAGAUUGGACUAGAAUAAGGCUUCCAGUCCAAAAAUUUUUCUUGUCUUUUCUGAGCUAUCCUAAAAGUAUUUUUAAGAAAUCUGCUUUUAGUAGAGUUCAGGAGCAUGUCUAAAGGCACCGUAUAAAGAAGGGCUCCUGUUGUGGUAAAGUGUUGGUAGACAUGAAAGAAGUUUUUUCUUAAAUAUUCUGACCUGGUCAGAUGAAAAGGCUUGCUGCUGUUUUAAAAUGUGUAAAGCUCCAAGGCUUAAACAGGGUGAAGGAAGGCUUUAAUGAAUGAAAUUACUAUUCCUUUUGAAAUUUGUAGUAACGGCUGUGGUUGAGGGAAAGUCAGUUGGAUCAGUCAACUGGCAUGGUAAUUCGCAUGCUGUAAAUAACAACUAGAAAGCAACACUUACUGUAUCUAUAGGUGGGAUGACAUACUGUAUCUAUAGGUGGGAUGACAUACUAUACCAUUUCCCUGAAUGUCUGUUUAUUUGAAAGAUGCAUGGAAGUGUUUGAGGCCAGGCUGGAUGGGGCUUUGAGCAGUCUGGUAGAAGGUGUCCCUGCCCACAGCAGAGGGGUUGGAGCCAGAUGAUCUUUAAAGGGCCUUUCUGAGAAAAACCAUUCUAUGAUUCCCUUUUCAUUCUCAUUCAUAUAAUUGCAUUAAACAGAUAACUGUUUCCCUUUUCAUUGAUACGUUGGCAGUUAAUAGGAUUUUAGGAACCGGUUAGGAUAGAACUAUAGCCCUUCAAGAUGCUUCUGGGUUGAUAAUGAGCAGGUUAAAAAAUUCUAAGAAUACUAAUUUACACAAGUUUCAUUACAUGUUGUGUUACUGGAAUGUACUUAUUUAAUGUCCAAGGAUAUGGAUAUAAAGACUCGAUCAACAUUUAGGUGUAGACAACCAUUGGUGGGAGAUGAUUGUGGGGGUCAAUUUUUUCAGUUCCUAGAGUAGUUAAGUCUCAUGCAAUGGCUCUUCAUCUUUUUAUCUUUCCCAAAUAAGUUUGGAGUCUGUUGUGCAGUUCUGGUCAAGUGAGGCAGAGAAGUAAGAAACUAUAUUAUAAUUAUCCAUAUAUCAAACUUCUGUAGCUUCGUAGAGAAGAGACCAAAAUUGAUUUCUCCACUAACAGAAGGGUUUCAGGACAAGACAAAUAAUUAUCUGUUCUGGUUAUGUCUUAUAACAGCUAAUCAUGUGUGUGUUUUGGGAUUAGCUGCAGUAUAUGCUAGUUUUUGUCCAGCCACUGAAAGAGGUGAAAACAAUUUAUAGGAAGAGCUCUGCAUAGAUCUCAAUAUACUGUUAGAACCUUGGCAUGAAAGGAGAACUGGCUGUGCAGGAAGCUGGGAUUAGUGUGGAAAGUAGAGGGGCAGUGAUGUGUGACAGAGAUUCGUAGGAAAUGAGCUUUCAGUUCUGUUGUUCACCCAACAACUUUGUUAAAAGGCAGAUUGAAAGCUUUCUCUUUCUGCAGUCUGGAAAGGGCAUUUGGGGAAUUGAAGAAGUGGAGGCUUAGUGGUAGAUUAUUUAUAGGCUCAACAGUGAGGGAAAGUAUUGCAGCAGACUGAGGAAAAAUUAGGUGGAAAAGCGACUGUUUGCAAAAUUUGGUGAAUAAAGUUUUCCUUCUGACUCAUUAUUUUUCCUGAGCACAUCAUUAAUGUAUAGGGUCAGAACUAAGCUUGGGCUUGAAGUCUUGUGUCAUUCUUAAGCUGAAGUUUUUAGACCUUGUAUUCUUUCUUUUGUUCCUGGCAAAAUAUGAAUGAGGUCUGAGCUUAGUAUGACUUCAAAGCAGUAUUGCAAUAUAAGUUUUGAAUAAUAAUAAUAAUUCCUAAAAUGUGUGGAUAGGUGCCUUUGUGUAAGGGAUGCAAAAGCUGCUCUAACCUUUUCAGAAACCAAACAUGCUUUUCCUCUGUCGGAUGCUUUUAGUUGUGGUAUUUUUCUCUGAAGAAACUAUUUACAUUAUACUUUUGAUUACUAUCAUUAAAAACCACUGCCAGCUUGGUUUUCACAAUUCUGCAGCGUAAAAUAUCUCGCUAUUUGCUAAGUGUGGAAGGGGAGGACCCCAAAAAAACCCUAGUUUUCCUUAGAGUGAGUGUUUUGUCCUUGAAAAAUGUUUGAACACUUGAAAGUUUUGCACUCCUGUAGAAGGAGAGGUCAUCACUCUUGCACAACGGCUUAGGUGAAAUUGCUGUGAAGACUAAAAAAAAGUAUGUUGGUACAGCCAGAAUUAGGUAUCAUCUUUAGUUUUCAGAAGUGUUGGGCCUCAGCAUCCCUGUCUAUCCAGGGAAAAUAAUUUAGAAGUGAUCUGAACCAUCCAUUAUCCAGGACUGAGACUGUUUUUAAUAGAAAAAAUAAUGUUUCCCUUGAAAUAAACCAUUUGGCGGUUUUAAGUGCACCCAACGAAAAGUUAAGACUUUUAAUUCUAUUCUUUAAUUUAUGGGGUUCUUUGCUUGCUUUUUAUUAUUAGAAAUGGUGAAACUAGGAAACAUAGUCCUUGCAUACAUGUCCCUACCCUGAGUUAUGCUUUUAGCCUGAUCUCAGGAAAGACAGGCGUGCCCUUUUAACUUGAAGAGUUCUGCUUGGUGGGAUUGUAAUCCCGGGCAGUGGGACUGCUGGGGACUGGCUGGGGAGCUGGUGAGUAAUCUGUAAUCUGCCUCCCGUUAUCUUGCAUCUCUUGCUGCACCCCACUUCUGGGGUUGGGAGAGGGAGAUUUGGAGAAAUCUGAUGAGCUGCAGUAGGGUAGAGGGCACAUGGGCUUCAGUUCACUUUGGCAAUAAAUUCUGCCUUUUUUCCUUUAAUAUUUGAGGAGUCAAACUUCAACAGCAAUAGAAAAGACAGUUGGUGACACAGCAUUCGUGCUAUGAGAAAUUUGUUAGUAUUUGAGGUUUCUGCUGAGGAGCUGUGUUAGUAGGAGAUUAAUUGACUUUUCCACUGUCAUAGUAUCAGCUAUGAAGAAUGUUCUGGGGAGAAAAAUAAGUCUUAUAUAUAUUGCCAUGGGUGUAUAGGCAGUAUAGAAAGCCCAGUGGGUGGGGUCCAGUCUUGGGACGAUGAGGGUGCAGCCUUCAAAGUAAGAUAUGACAUCAAACUGUAGGACUUUGAGCCCAAACAAAAUGCCAGCUCAUGAAAGAGGGAGUUUUGCAUAUGGACUAGGAUGAACUCAGAUCCUUUUACAUCUGAGUUAAGAGUUACAAGUCAGACUGACCAAGUCUCCUUUUUGAGAUGACAGCUGGAGGGUGUGGAUACCUCAGUUCCAGUGGACACUGGAGCAUGUGUGUGUACAUAAUAUUGAAGCCUAAUUGCUUGAUUCUUAUUGAUAGGUCAUCAAAAAGAACGGGCUCUUACUAGAACCACAAUACAGCUCAAUAUGAAUUAAAAAACUUAUAAACCUAUUCCUCUCCUGUCUCAGUUGAGAUACUAGUGCAGGGAAUCCACGAUUGUAAGCAUCUCUCUUAAUGUGCAUGUAUAUGUCUGCUCGUACUGGAUACUGUCCUCAUAGGAGCACUGUGAGGCUUCAUUAAAGAUUUUAAAGUGCUUUAUGAUCCUCACAUGGAAGGAGCUUAGAAAUGAACUGUUUGUAAUCAGAUAAGUUAGUAGCACAUAAAAAGGCUAUAACCUAUUAACACUGACUAUUAACAGCCUGUUGGCAUCAGAAUAAUUAAUGGUUGGGGUUUUGAGAUGCAAAUGCCCUCUGAAAAGGAAGGUGCAGGUUUUGGAUAUGCUGUAUAUUUUUAUGCUCUACUCCAUUGUUUUUUGAACUACUGUGAUGCAUAACAAACAAACAAAACCCAACAAACCUCCCAAAUCAAACAAAAACCCAAAAACUUUUUGUUAACCAUCUUAAUCAAUAUGCCAACAAGAAUAGGUGAAGAAUUAAUGCCUUUCAAAUGGUAGGUUUGUGGAAAAAUUUCAAUUAAAGCUACAGUUAUUCAAGAAUUACCCAUACUAGCCUCUCUAAAUAUUUUUGAUUCACUAAUAAUUUGCUUACUUUCUGAUUAAAAAAUAGAACAUUGGCAAGGUGAAAUUUUAUAGCAAUUAUUUCAACUUGGAUACAUAGCAACUCAAGUGAGUGCUUGCUUCUGAAAGUCAUCACAGUAUUAUCAGCUCCUUGAAGUAAAGGCUUCCAGGACUUCAGAAUGGAGAGUUGGCAAACCCUAGUGAAGUUAAGAGGCUUUAUAGGUCUCAAUAAAAAAAUUUAGCUUUUGAGAGGGAAUAAAAUUCUGUAGCUUAAUGCAUACUGUCAUACUCAGUGUGAACAUGCAUAGAACAUGUAGCUGCAGUACUUUAUGCAUUUCUUCAGGAGGGGGUAGCUGUUUCACAGAUGUGCAUUUACAUUUCCUUUUAUGAAACUGUGUGAAUCGGAUGCCUAGCAGUUGGUUUGGAUUUUGUCAUUAGGAAUUUAGAGCGAUUGUGGUGUUCUCUUUGGGUUUUGCCACAAAUAAGAUGUUUCCUGAGUUUUCACCACAUUUCCUAAAUUGCUAUGUUUGGAUUAGACCAGCCACAAAACACUCUAGUCUGCAACAUCCAGCAGGACAAUUCUCUGCUCUGGUUUAGGCAGAGCAACCUGAGCAGUUAUAUCCAGCUGCUUUUAUUUCAUUAAGCACCCCAGAGUGCAACUCACAUUAGCUAUUGCCAGAGUUUCUUGAGCCUGCAGAGACAGAUGGUCACAGUGCAGGCUGUGUAGUCCUGUUGAAGAAAUCCUGUCAGUGGCAGAAUCCCCGUUUGAGUUUCUGUACCUUAUCGUGAGGGUGGGAGCAAAACACAUCAGAACCAGAGCCACGCUAGCCUUGCAUGGCCUCCUGCAGAGGCCAGUGGCUUAUAUUCUAUAAUAAUGAAUACUAAUGAUUUUUAUUCUCAUUCAUAAGAUGUGCAGCUUCUGCUCCCCUCAAAUUAAUUCCUUUGGAGUGCCCUCCCAUGGAUCUCCAAGUUAGUUUCAUUCCAUGGUAUUGUCAUGAAUGGGUGAUUUAGAUGCUUAAAGAAUUCCUGCCAAAGGUAUUGGCAAAAGCGCCAUGUCUGUGACAGAGUUCAAGAUGCGUUUGGAUAAUGCUCUCAGGCACAUGGUGUGAUUCUUAGGGUGUCUUGUGCAAGGUCAGGAGUUGGAUUUUUUUUCCUCCAACUCAGAAUAUUGCUUACUACUUGGAUGAAGCGUAGCAAGGAAAAUCAGAUCAUAAUCAAUUUGAAGAAAUUUGUGCAGAGACUGGGGAACACAAACAAAACAAAAAAAAAGUAGGAGUGCAAAGGGUAAGGGAGACCCAUUAAAUCACGAGGUUCAGAUUGGACCCGCUUUCCAGACUUAGCUUCUCACUUGAUCAGUGGCUUUAUGUCUGAAGGAUUUAGCAGCACUUAAUCUUUGGCUAAUUUUACACAGAAUGAUUAAGUAGAAGUUAGUGUAAGCACAGCAGCAGUGUACCUGCAGGUCUGAGAUGGCAGUAUCCAUACUAUACUUGCUGUAGCGUAUUUAAAGCAAUUUGCACACACCCAGACACAAAGUCUGUACCAAGUCUGUUACAAGUGCUCCCGUGUUCAGGUGUGUUUUGGCUUUUUUACUUUCUACAUCGUUACUAUAUUACGACGCAUAACUGCACAGAAUAAAAAACUUGUAUAUUUUAAGGGCUCGAUCCUGAGGGUGCUCCCAAGAGCUUCCCGAGCGAGCGCUCAGCUCCCUCCCCAGGCGCGGGUCCAUUGCAUAGUCAGCUCCAGCGUUCCCUACCUGUGUUGGGCUGACUCAGGAGCAAGUCUCCUCACAGCAGGAUCAUACCCGCGUCACCGUAUCCUUUUGCUGAACUGUAUUCCUCACAGUUUCUGCACAUUCAGGGUAACAUCUGGGACUAUCCCGCAGAUUUUUUUUUUAAUGUUACAAGAUGCUGGGAUUCUCUGUUUCAGCCGCUGUUAGAGCAGUUAUCUAAGGAAAUUGUUGGGCAGAGGCUGUGGAGUGUCUGCCUAAUGGCCGAGUUGCAGCCUGAGACUUAAAGCAGGCACGGCAGCCGGGGAGACCGAGUUCACUCUGCUGUCCUGCGGAUGUUCCCGUGUCUGGACCUUGAUCUCGGCUUUAUGCGUGCGUGUGGUGUGGGCAGUCCGGUCACGGCCUGGAUUAACUUUGGUCUGAGCACGAACCUCCUGUCCUUGCGUCAGGAGGGCGUUGCGCUUAAAAUGGGGGUUCCUCCAAGCGAGCGCUGGGGUCGGCGUUCGCGGCGCGCCGCAGAACAGCGCGGGUGGCUGGGGGGACUUAACAUUCACCGUUCGCCGCUUGUCGGCUCCGCAGCCCUCAUGUGGAAUUAGCAUAAUUGGCUACUGUCUUUUUAGCCGGUUUUAAAGGGAACAGCUCCAUCUGGGCCGCCCUCCCUAUUCUCGGGGCUCCCCACCGUACUCUCCCUGGGCCCCGUCUCUGCCCGGCGGGGGAGGCCGGCCCGGCGCGGGCAGGGCGCUGUCCCUUUAAGGCGGGCGGCGGGGCGGGCCCGGGCGGUGAGUGACAGCGCGCGCGGGGUCACGUGAGCCGCCCGUAUUUGAAGGUCACAAAAAAGCUGCUUCCUUUAGAGAGAGCAAGAGGGAGCGAGAGGGAGGGAGCGAGCGGAGAGAGCGAGGGAGCGCAGCCAAAAUGGCCGACGGAGCGUCUGCUGGGUUCUGAACGUUUGAAAUUAAAAAAAAAAAAGAGAGAGCAAAAAAAAAAAAAAAUUAACAAAAAAGGAAAAAAAACUAAGCAAAAAUAGCAAAAACACAAAACCAUUUUUGGAUUUUUUUUCAUUUCCAUUUCUACCUUGUAUGCCUCAACUCGCUGGAUUUAAGCACUGCUGCACUUUAUGAGGUUAGUGAGAGAAGGAGCAAGAAAGGGAAGAACAGUUAAUGGAAGACAAGAAAAGGAAGAAAGAGGAUAAGAAAAAGAAGGACUCUGCUCAGAAGGUCACAGAUCAAAAAACCAAAGUGCCCGAAGUGACGAAACCAAGUUUAAGCCAACCAGUGGCUGCCAGCCCAAUUGGCAACUCUCCAUCGCCACCAGUCAAUGGUGGCAACAAUGCCAAAAGGGUGGCAGUGCCGAACGGACAACCGCCAAGCGCCGCCCGCUACAUGCCUCGGGAGGUGCCGCCGCGAUUCCGUUGCCAGCAGGACCACAAAGUGUUACUGAAACGUGGGCAGCCCCCUCCGCCAUCCUGCAUGCUCCUUGGGGGUGGAGCAGGGCCUCCCUCCCCAGCAGCACCAGGAGCAAACCCAAACAACGCACAACCAGUGACAGGAGCACUGCUGCAGAGCGACAGUGGGACUGCAACAGAUUCAGCAAUUGGAGGUGCUGCUGCUUCAAAUUAUGCAAAUUCCACUUGGGGUCCUGGAGCCUCCUCCAACAGCGGCACCAACGCCAACCCAACUCACAUCUGGGACAAGGUGAUUGUAGACGGGUCUGACAUGGAAGAGUGGCCUUGUAUUGCCAGCAAAGAUGCUGAGUCUUCUUCCGAAAACACCACCGAUAACAACAGUGCCUCGAACCCUGGCUUGGAGAAGAACGCUCUGCCAGGAAGCACCACUAGUAACAAAGGAAAAGGAAGCCAGUGCCAGUCUGGAAGCGCUGGAAACGAAUGUAAUCUUGGGGCCUGGAAAUCUGAUCCCAAGGCUAAAUCUGUUCAAUCUUCCAACCCUGCCGAGAGUAACAAUGGACUAGGUAAUUGGAGGAACUUGAGUGGACAAGACAGAAUCAGUCCUGGUUCUGGUUUCGGCAACUUUAACCCAAAUAGCAACCCAUCUGCUUGGCCAGCACUGGUUCAAGAGGGCAAUUCUAGGAAAGGAACUCUGGAAUCUGAUAGUGGUAGCUCCAAUGCACAGAUUAGCACAGUAGGUCAGACCUCUAGGGAACAGCAGUCAAAGAUGGAAAAUGCGGGUGUGAACUUUGUCUCUGGCAGAGAACAGGCUCAAAUUCAUAACACUGAUGGACCAAAAAAUGGAAACACUAACUCCUUGAACUUAAGUUCACCAAACCCUAUGGAGAAUAAGGGAAUGCCCUUUGAAAUGGGCUUGGGGAACCCUUCCAGGAGCACUGACACCCCUUCUCAAAGCACUGGAGAAAGAAAGACUGGGAGUGUUGGAUCUUGGGGUACAGCUAGGGGGUCUUCUGGAACUGAAACAGUCUCUGGGCAGAGCAAUUCUGGAAACCAUGGGAACAAUGGAAAGGAUAGAGAGGAGUCCUGGAAAGGAGCUUCUGUUCAAAAACCUAAUGGGUCAAGAAGUGAUUCUUGGGAUAACAAUAACCGGUCUACGGGUGGUGGGUCUUGGAACUUUGGCCCUCAGCAUGCAAAUGAAAGCAAAUGGGGUGAAGGGAACAAAUUAACAUCUGGGGUCUCUCAGGGAGAAUGGAAACAGCUGUCUGGGUCUGAUGAACUGAAGAUUGGAGAGUGGAGUGGUCCAAACCAACCAAAUUCUAGCACUGGAGCAUGGGACAAUCAAAAAGGCCACCCUCUUCCUGAAAAUCAAGGCAAUUCCCAGGCUCCCUGUUGGGGAAGAUCUUCCAGCUCUGCAGGAAGUGAGGUUGGAGGUCAAAGCACUGGAAGCAACCACAAAGCAGGAAGUAGUGACAGUCACAAUUCUGGACGCCGAUCAUACAGGCCUACGCAUCCUGAUUGCCAGGCAGUCCUGCAGACUUUGCUGAGCAGGACUGACUUGGACCCCCGAGUGCUUUCGAACACCGGCUGGGGCCAGACCCAAAUUAAGCAAGAUACCGUGUGGGAUAUUGAAGAGAUGCCACGACCCGAGGGGAAGUCUGAUAAAGGAACUGAGGGGUGGGAGAGCUCUGCCACACAGACAAAGAACUCAGGGGGCUGGGGCGAUGUACCCAGCCAAAGCAAUCAAAACAAGUCUGGAUGGGGUGAGCUCUCAACCCCAACGGAGUGGAAGGACCCCAAAAAUACUGGAGGAUGGAAUGACUAUAAGAACUCCAAUUCUUCUAACUGGGGAGGAGGAAGGCAAGAAGAAAAAUCAUCUUCCUCUUGGAAUGACAGCUCUAGUAAGGAUCAGGGGUGGGGUGGACGGCAAAGUAAUCAAGGAUGGUCUUCUGGAAAGAACGGUUGGGGAGAGGAAGUUGACCAAACAAAAAACAGUAACUGGGAAAGUGCAGGAAACAAGCCAGUGUCUGGUUGGGGUGAAGGUGGGCAAAAUGAGAUUGGAACUUGGGGUAAUGGUGCAAAUACAAGCUCUGCUUCAAAGGGUGGAUGGGACGAUUGUAAAAGAAAUUCAACGUGGAACGAGACGGGUCGACAGCCCAACUCCUGGAACAAGCAGCAGCACCAGCAGCAACAGCAGGAGUCUUCUGGUUCCUGGGGUCCACCACCCCAAACUCCAAGUAAUGGGCGGCCUCCAAACCCAAACUGGAACAAUGGACCACAGCCAGCUGCCCCCAAAGAGGAGGAGCCUAGUGGCUGGGAAGAACCUUCUCCACAGUCAAUCAGUCGAAAAAUGGAUAUCGAUGAUGGCACUUCAGCAUGGGGAGAUCCUAGCAGUUAUAACUACAAGAAUGUGAAUCUGUGGGACAAGAACUCACAAGGAGGACAGGCCCCAAGGGAGCAGAGCCUGCCUACUCCAAUGACUAGCAAAUCACAAGCAUCAGUCUGGAGCAAAAGCACUCCACCUGCUCCAGAUAAUGGUACGUCCGCCUGGGGUGAGCCAAAUGAAACCAGUCCCGGGUGGGGUGAAGUAGAUGAUCCAGGAGCAUCGACUACAGGCUGGGGGAAUGCACCUUCCAACACCCCGAAUGCCAUGAAAUCUAGUUCUAAAUCUAUGCAAGAUGGCUGGGGAGAGAGUGAUGGGCCAGUGACAGGAACACGUCAUUCCAGCUGGGAAGAGGAGGAGGAGGGAGGAGUCUGGAACACAGCAGGCUCUCAGGGAAGCAGUUCCUCCCACAACUCAACAAGCUGGGGACAAGGAGGAAAGAAAACACAAAUGAAGUGUGCAUUAAAAGGAGGAAAUAGUGAAUCGUGGAUGAACCCUUUAUCCAAACAGUUUUCAAAUAUGGGCUUGCUAAGUCAAACUGACGACAUUCCAGGCAGUAAGAUGGACUUGUCUGUAGGUGGUCUCCCAGAUAAGAAGUUUGAGGUAGAUAAACGAGCUGUGAAUCUCGGGGAUUUUAAUGACAUGAUGAGAAAGGAUCGAUCUGGGUUCCGUCCACCUAAUUCCAAAGACAUGGGAACCACAGAUAGUGGGCCUUAUUUUGAGAAGCUGACUUUGCCUUUCUCCAAUCAAGAUGGGUGCCUUGGGGAUGAGGCUCCCUGCUCUCCCUUCUCCCCUUCUCCCAGCUACAAGCUGUCUCCCUCUGGUUCCACACUAUCCAACGUCGGCCUUGGGGCAAUCGGCUCAGGGCUCAGUCCCCAAAACUUCGCUGCUAGACAAGGUGGCAAUCAUGGUUUGUUUGGAAACAGCACAGCACAAUCGAGGGGCAUGCACACACCAGUGCAGCCACUAAAUCCUUCCCCCAAUAUCCGGGCGCAAGUGCCUCCCCAAUUCCUUUCUCCCCAGGUUUCGGCCUCCAUGCUCAAACAGUUUCCCAACAGUGGCUUGAAUCCUGGUCUUUUCAAUAUGGGCCCCCAGCUUUCUCCACAACAGAUUGCCAUGCUGAGCCAGCUUCCACAGAUUCCCCAGUUUCAAUUAGCUUGUCAGCUCCUCCUUCAGCAGCAGCAGCAGCAACAGCUGUUACAGAGCCAGAGAAAGUUAUCUCAAGCUGUGCGACAACAGCAGGAGCAACAGAUUGCUCGUAUGGUGAGUGCCCUCCAGCAGCAGCAGCAGAGGCAGCCUGGCAUGAAGCAUUCGCCAUCCCACCCUGUUGGGCCUAAGCCACAUUUAGACAGCAUGGUACCCAAUCCUUUGAAUGUGGGUCUCUCAGAUUUACAGACCAAAGGGCAGAUACCUGGAUACGGUUCAGGAGGCUUUGGCUCAAGUGGCAUGGAUUAUAGCAUGGUGGGAGGGAAAGAAGCUGGAACAGAAUCCCGCUUUAAGCAGUGGACUAUGAUGGAAGGGCUGCCCUCUGUGGCUUCACAAGAUGCCAAUAUGCACAAAAAUGGUGCAAUAGUGCCCCCUGGAAAGGCUCGCGGAGGAUCGCCCUACAACCAGUUUGACAUAAUCCAGGGCGACCCGCUCAGCAGCCACGCAGGCCCUGCUGGUGAUAGUUGGUUACCUGCCAAAUCUCCACCAACAAACAAGAUCGGAAGUAAAUCCAGCAAUGCCAGCUGGCCUCCAGAAAUUCUGCCGUUCAAGAGAGCAGUAUUGUUUAGCACAAAGAUUAAUGAAGUGGUGCCCAAUCAAACUGAUAUCACAGCUGGAGAGUUCCAACCAGGAGUGCCAUGGAAAGGUAUACAAAACAUUGACCCUGAAUCUGACCCCUAUGUGACCCCUGGAAGUGUGCUGGGGGGGACAGCCACAUCUCCCAUUGUAGAUACUGACCACCAACUUCUGCGGGACAACACCACAGGGUCUAAUUCUUCCCUCAACACCUCGCUGCCUUCACCUGGUGCCUGGCCCUACAGUGCCUCUGACAAUUCCUUCACCAACGUUCAUAGCACUUCAGCAAAAUUCAGUGAUUACAAAUCAACGUGGUCCCCAGAUCCCAUAGGACACAAUCCCACUCAUCUCUCCAACAAGAUGUGGAAAAACCAUAUUUCCUCAAGGAACACUACAGGGCUGCCCCGCCCACCUCCUGGCCUGACCAACCCCAAACCAUCAUCUCCAUGGAACAGCACAGCACCCCGAUCGGUCAGGGGCUGGGGGGCACAGGACUCAAGGCUUGGCUCUGCAUCUACUUGGAGUGAUGGUGGCUCAGUUCGUCCUAGCUACUGGCUGGUUCUUCACAAUCUCACUCCACAGAUUGAUGGGUCAACCUUGAGGACGAUCUGCAUGCAGCAUGGCCCACUGCUGACAUUCCAUCUGAACCUGACCCAGGGCACCGCCCUCAUCCGAUACAACACCAAACAGGAGGCGGCCAAGGCCCAGACUGCACUGCACAUGUGUGUGUUGGGAAACACUACCAUCCUGGCUGAGUUUGCCACAGAUGAAGAGGUUAGUCGCUUUUUGGCACAAGCUCAGCCCCCUACACCUGCAGCAACCCCAAGUGCACCGGCAGCGGGCUGGCAAUCCCUGGAGACAGGACAGAACCAGACAGAUCCAGUUGGACCUGCUUUGAAUCUCUUUGGUGGGUCAACAGGGCUUGGGCAGUGGAGCAGUGGUGGCGGCGGCGGCAGCAGUGGGGGUGAUCUCACUGGCGCUUCAUUGUGGGGGCCCCCAAACUAUUCUUCAAGCUUGUGGGGGGUCCCAAGCGUAGAGGAUCCACACCGAAUGGGCAGCCCUGCUCCCUUACUACCUGGAGACCUUCUGGGAGGAGGGUCGGAUUCAAUCUGAACUUAGAACUUUCAACUCUGACCUCGUGACCUUUUUUGGAACAGCAGCAGCACUAACUUGACCUUUUUCGUUUUUUUCAACUUGCAAUAAAUACAUUUAUAAAAGGAAAAAAGAAAACGGAGAAAGAAAAAAAGGUGGGUCAUUGACAGACUGUCUGAGCACAUAGUUGCCUCCCUUAUAUAACUUCAGUUUUUUCGUUUGGAAUAUGAAUCCAAAAAGAGAACAUAUCACUCUUGAAAUACUUGAAUCGUGAACGCCAACUUAGAAAGACAAUGUGAAGCAAGUACACAUACCAUUUAAAUUUAAACAGAAAAAAUUAAAAAAAUUAGUUUCUAGUUUUUCACUUUUUCAUGUUAUACGGAAGUUGUUGCUAAGAAACAUAUAUACUGAAAAAAUAGCUUUUUAACUUUGUUUGCACUGGGUGUGUUUCCGUCCUUAGGUCUACCAUGUUGGGUUGGGAUUGGGGAGGGGUUUAAAAGAAUAAGGGGGGGGAGGGAAAGACUUGACGGAGCCUCACUUUAAAAACAAAAAUAAAAACAAAAAAAAAACCUAGAAAAAAAAUUUUAAAACUUCAAAAACCCACAAAAAAAAAAAAAAAAACAGAAAAAACAAACAAAACAAAAAAACCAACACUUUGUGAUUGGCUGGUUGAUAACUACCAGUGUGUUCUGGCACAUGUAACUGCCCACGUGUGCUUGUUUCUGUGUGAGUGCGUGUGCACAUGUUUGUGUGUGUGCAUUUUUUUCUCUAUAUAUAUAAUCUUGAAACGCUGCAUUGCUGAUGGUCUACAGGCUGGCUGGCCAUUUGCAUGUCUUGAUUGUGAAAGCAAGGCAGGCAUGGUGGAGUCCCUGUGGCUGAAGCGGAAUCCAGUUGGGCUGGAUUAAAAUUUGUCAGUAGGAUUUUUUAAACUUGUUUUAGCAGGGUGCUGUCUCAAAUCUGCAGAUCAUAGAGUGGAUAGUUGCUUCCUAGCCCUUGUUCUAACCCUGUGGUAGAGCAGAACACUGCCAUAUCCAGAGGAUUUGGUGAGAGGGGAAACAAUGUUGUUUUUUGAGUAACAGUAUCUUUAUUUAUGUCUGCAUGUGGGGUUUUUGUACUGAAUGAACCCUAGAGUGUUUGUUAUAUAAUGCAAGCCAUUUAUUUCUUCCAACAAGGGGAAAAGAGGAGGAAAGAAGACAUUGCCAAUUUUUUGCAGAUAGACAAAUGUUCUUUUUCAGUCUCUUGCGAGCUUCAGUACCUUUAAAAAAGAGUGUUUCUUUUCUCCCCCAAACGUAAAUAAGCACCUGUACUCAUUCUGGAGGAAUCCAUCAAGAGCUUGAAAAUCCAGCCCAACCAAAGUAGCCUUUUAGUUGAUUUACUGCUUCUAUUAAAACUGACAAAAAACUAAAUGGUGUCAGCAAAGUGCCGGCCAGCCUGCCUCAUCUCCUGAAAGCACAUGCAGCCAACUCCUUCCUGCGUCCUUCAUGGUGAGCGUUACCUGUGCCAGGCCUUGGUGUCAUUACAGCGCCAGACCAUCACUGACAGAAACGUUUACUUACGAAUGUUCUUAAACCAGUGUGUACUUCAAAGGUUUCCUUUUGUUUCUCUGUGUUGUGUUUUUUCCUGUGUACGUGGUUUUGCUUAGGGAGGUAUAUAACUAGCAAAGACUUUUUUUUUUUUUAAAGAAGUAUUGCACCUUUUUGUUUUUACUUUUUUCUGUACUGUUGCUUUUAAAUUUCUGUAUUUAAGGAAAGGUUUGGGGUUUUUUAGCAUCAGUGUAGUAAUACUCUGGGCAGGAUAGGGGUGACCCAUAAUCCACAGUGAUAGCCAGUGUGUGCGUGCAUGUGUGCGCUGGGAACAAAACUUUUAAGACCUGUUGUUGUGAAAAGAGUUGUAGCAGACUUGAAGGAACAUCCCUUGACACAAAGCAGGAAGCUUUUUGUGGGGGUGGGGCCGGGGGAAGAGGGAAGAGAGGUGCCGGUACUUUUUCCAUAAGUGCUAGGACUUCCAUGCAGCAUUGUCCAGCUGUUAUACUGUCUAACAAAGUGCCGACCUUCUGUACCAGCACAUACCUGUCCAUUCCAGCCCUCAGAGGGAGCAGUGCUUUAUCACCUGGUGGAGGGGGCAGAUAAGGGAGUCUGUUUCUUCAGCGUUUUCAUUGAAGGAUAUGACCAUGUCUAAUGCAUUUAACUCAUGGGUUUGUUGGGCAGAAGCAAAAACAGAUGCAAGUCAUGAGGGGGAGGUUGGUGUGCGCGUGUGUGUGUGUGUAUGCCUGUGUGCUGGGGGUGGGAGGGAAGGGCUAGGGAAUUACAUGGCUGUUUAAUUUAAUUUGCCCUUUCUAUGUAAGCCCCAAUGUCACAGGAAAGACUGACUGAGGGAAAUGCUGCAUAUACACAUGCCUGUAGAUUUGUAUGCAAACCGUUAUGUGGUAAAAAAGUAUGAGUAGGUUUGUAUUUGUUUAGUAAACUGGAGUAUGCAGCAUACUCUGGCCCCUUUGGAAAAUACUUUCCUAUCAUGUCUCCUCCGUCUAUCCCACCAUGCACAAAGAAACAAAAUGCUUUCUUUCAGCUCCUGCUAGCUGGCUAGUAACCCUCGUGUUCAGGCAUCUGUACAGCUUUGUUUCUGCUCAAAGACCAAGCAUGCUCGGACACGCAGAGCAGUUCUUAAAAGUCCUGUGCCAGCAGUACUUCCUAGUGAAGCACCUUUGGCCUGAGCGAGCCAGUAUCUGUUCUGUCACAUGAUUUGCCAUACAUGCUGGUUCAUUGCUGUGUUCCACCCUCACUUCUCUCUCCCAACCUGCCCUAAGGUCCCUUUUCCUGCACUUUGGGCUAGUUGACUUCAUUGCGAUACUACGGUGAAAGCCGGGUGCUAGAGCCCCUCUUGUUUACAAGACAUAAUGAGGGAUUUGAAAUAUUUAAAAAGAAAAGCUAAAUUGUUCUUCCAUUGUAAGCUUAAAGGGAAAAAAUUAAAACAUACAAAAAAAAAAAAAGACCAAAAAGUGCAUAUAUAUAUUUUAGAUGAAGACUAACUCUGGGAGCAUUUAACAGUAUUUUUGUUUUUAUUUUAACAUUUUAUUUUCCUGCUUUAAAUUUGCAAGCAUUCUCAGGAAUUCUAGGGUAGGAAGCCAGUUUUUUGAAGAUGGUUUAUUUAACCUUAUCCUAGAUAGAUGGCUGUUUCUUGUUGAUAAACUUUUACAAGUUCCUGAAUCUUCAAAAUGUUUGAAAGUUUUUACUUUAAAAUAAAAAUGCUAAAAAAAAAAAAUAAAAAGAAAAAGAAAAAAAUAAAAAAUCUCCAAAUGUUACUGUCAAGCAAGGGAUCAAGAAUUUUAAAGACUUUCUAAAUUAAGAAACAUUAAGAAAGCUUCUCACUUUCAGCAACAGGAAUUCAUUGCAAUCUUAAACAAUUAGUGGGAGAAAGGUUAUCAUUUAUUGUGCUUUGUUACUCAUGCAGACGUGUGCAGUUGCAUGGAGAAGAGAAGUGUGUGAAUGGAAACCUACUAUUCCCUCUCGAUUGAAACUAAAUAAAAAUAUUCUUCCAAGCACCUUUUUGAAGCAGAGUGAAAGUAUAAACCUUAUUAAAAUGCAGUAGAGUUUAACUGAAAUAAUCCUUGGUUAGGACGACUAGCAGGAAAUACACAAUGGUGCUUCUUGGAACCGCUUCUGAGCAGUGCUAAAGAAAACCAGUGCUGACAGAACACUCAGUAAUGAAGUAGUUCUAUUAACCUGCCUUUUUCAGUGCAGAAAAAAAAAGAAUAUGGAAAAACUCCACAAAAAUGUACAUUGGAAACCAGCUUCCCUGUUUUCAGCUACUUGGUCAGUUUUAAUUCCCCACUUGGAGAUUUGCUGCUUGCUUUUCUUCAUCCACCCCACCUCCCAGUCUUUCUGUUUCAUUUUAUUUGAGGGAAAUAGCUGUUAAACUCCUCUGUUCACCCUGUUGCUGCUGGCUGUCAGGGCUUACGGUCUUGAACUUAAAAGUUUGGUCUUGGGAUGGCCAACUUCUGCCUCCCAGCUCUAGGGGUCAGGGGCUUACUCCGCCUGAAACGGCUCGGCUCAAACCACAAAAACCGCACUAGUGCCUUGUUACAUGCACCCACAUGCCCUACAGUAGGGGAGAGGAGGGAAGACAAGGCAAAGUGAGGCAGUGUAGCCACUUCAUGGAAAUAGAUGUGCCCAUUCUUAAGGGAAGAAGAGCAUGCCCAUGUGAGCAAGUCGUGCAAUGAGUUACUUAAUAGUAGUUAAGUUGUUGUUGUUAUUAUUAUUAAUAAAAGAAAUCAGAUGCCAAAUUCUGUCUUUCUCAUAGCAGCUGCCCGGUGUUUUCAUGUUGUGCUGCGUGUGCAUGUGAGUCUAUUGAAAAUAAUGCAUCAGUACUAAUAAUAAUGUGCUUCAGAAAUCCUGCUGUGGGCCAGUAGAAGGAGGAUUUACUUAGAAAGUUUAGGAUUCUAUUUUAUUUCAUUUUAUUGGUUUUUUUAAUGAGAGAAUUUGAGUGCUUUGCCAGAAGCUGUGUUUUAUCAAAUCAGCAGUGUCCUAAAAGAGAGGAAACCAUAGCAUUUAGUCAAAAAAGCUGACAGACUUGACAUUCACUUGGAAGUGGAUUGUGACUGACUGCUGAAGGGUUGACAGUCAUAAAUUUCAGCAGUCUGCUGGGUCCAAACCUAUUGUAGUACAACAGUCUGCUCCUCGUUUUCUGAAUGUGCAUCCUGUAAGUGUUAGUGACUGUCUCCUCAGUGACAGUUUCCCUACAUUGUCAAAGUAACAUUAAUCUGUAUUCCAGCUACAGUUGACAGAUCUGUGUGGCUUAGUCACGGCACUCCCAACCAUUGCAAGUGGUGUCUGAGAAUUGUGCUAACCAGGCUCAGCUGCUGGGGACAUCCAUUGCUCAGUGUAAAAAUUGUGCUACCGUUUGAGCUCCUAACAGCAAAAAGUCAGCAGGAAUUGAUGUUAGGGUAUUUCUGGGCUUUUACAAAACUGUUCCCAGGAGGGAGUCAUUGGCAGCAUCUUGUUUAAAAAUGUUGGCAAGAUAGGGAGAAGAGGCUGGAGAAAGCACAGCUUGGAAUAGACUAAGGGGCAUCUCUUUCCAGAUAAAAAUCCAGCCACUUUGCUUACCCUACCUUGCAGUGUCUAUCAAGCUGAGAGCUUGUAAUUUGUUUGAUAAUUCUUUGCUCCAUUUGAGGAUUUUGUCUUAGCAGUGACAACACAGUCUAGCAAGCAAAACAAAGUGUGGUACAGCUCAGACACCUGUGUUUAGACUUCUGACAUUUGCUUUGGAAUACUUGCCAUCUUUUCUUGCCAUGUGUUUUUAUGUUUCUGCCUGGACACUUGCAUAGCAGUCUUGAGAGUGGGGUUUUUGUUGGUUUGGGGUUUUUUUACCAUCACAGGGUGUCAGGUUUUUCUUAUAUAUAUUUUUUUAAUGUGCUUCACAUUAAGUGGCUUUUGUAAUGAGUAAGAAUGUUAAGCCAAGUGUGUUUUUACCUCUGCAAUAUAAACAGGUUGUUUUCAAAAAACUGGGUGGGAUAACCACCUCAAAGAUUAAAUAACAAUUAAAAUUUAUAUUAAGUUGGCCUCUUUUUCUUUUUUUACCAUGAAAUUUCUAAGCAUUUAUUCCUUGGAAGUUUUGCCCUAUUUUUUUCUUCAUAAAAAUGCUGCCACAUCUUCCACUGUGUCCUAAUAGUGCAUCCAAAUAGUACUGUAAUUUUUUGGGGGGGAAAUUUUGGUUAGGUUGGGGUUUUUGCUUCAUUAUUACGAUGUAGCUCUUAAGUUUCUUAUUUUGUUUGUGCAUACUGUUUUCCUAUUGACUUUUAAGAGGAGCACUGUUUGUAUGUCUGAGGUACCCACAUUUGAAAAGCCUGGUCAGUGAAAUGAGCUGGAUCAGUGUUAAAAUAGCAGAUGAGGACCUGUUGUGUUUCCAGUGUGUGUUGCAUAUAAUGCCUUCACUGUUAAUCAUGUGACCUUAGAUCCAGGUUCUCAAAUGGAUUGAAAUGCAGGUUUUGUGGAGGCUGGUUAACAUCUCAGGGUAAUAGUCCUGAUUGAGUAGAAGGUAGGGUUUUUUUUUUUGCCUAAAGAUAUAAAGUUCCCUUAAUGGAAACAGCUUUCUUUAUUGUAAAUAUGCAUGCAUGCUUUAUGGGCAGGAAAGUAAUACCAAGACAACUAUGUUGAAAUUAAUUUUUAAAAAAACUCCAGUAAACAAAUGUUAUUGAUGCACAACUUUGGUCCUGAAUCUGAAGCAACAUACACAGAAUCUGCUGGUUUGUCUAAAUUGAUUUUGCACACAAUAACAUUUCAGUUCUGUUGUUUAUUUGCCACUUCUUUGCAGUUUUAGGAACUGUUAGAUCAUAUAGUCAUUCCCACUGUGAUCAAAAUACAGAUAUCUAAAACCCAAACUCUUUCUUCCCCUUUAUCUCCAGUACUAGGCUUCCACCUGUGGCAGACGGAUGGUAACAGUCAUGGGGAGAAAUACGUGAAAUUCCCAAUGUAGACAGAGUUGGUACUCCCUGUUGUCCUGAAUUCACAUCCAAACCUAAACCACAAAAAAACCAUUAGGCUGUGGUAGACCUGUUGGUUGGACUAAAUGACAGGAGCCAACCUGGAGAUUUUUAGCAGCCGUGCCUAGUCCAUGUCCUUCACAAUGUUCUGCAUAAGUGUCCCAUCAUUGUAAAUACCAGUGUUGCUGAAUUUUACCAAAGUUCCCUUGCAGUAGAUAAUAGGAAACAGGUCCAUUUUGUAGUGACUCACCAAGCAGAGUUUUGCCUACAGUAGACUUUAAGGGUCUGUCUACAUUGCUGUCAAAAUUGAGUCAGGGUCCUGUUUAAAAUUAUAGCGCUCUAUUUUGUGGUGUUAUGUGACCUUAACUUUGUGAUGUAGUAACUGUAGCUUCUGAUCCUUGUAUGAAGAGUGAUUUAAGGUUUCAUCUGUGCUACAAAAAGCUCCUGGUGGGUUGGAGCCUACUUUUAAAACUUGUCAGGCCACAAUAGAUGCAGUUUCAUCUGUAGCGUGCAGCAGACAACAUCUGUUUGCAUCAACAGUUUGCCUGCGCGUUGCUUUUCAUUGAGCUAUGCAGGAAAGCUUUUCUCUAGAAGUCUCCCAGAGUCCUAGCAAGCUUCUAGCAAAUCAAGUGCCCUCUGCAAAAGAGCCAUUUUUGCCCUGUUCGUGUGAUAGUUGGGACUGGUGACAUUCAGCAGUGUUAGGGUUCCUGUAAACUUUGUAGUGAGAAAGGGAGUUUUUUGACUUGAUUCUGACAGCCGUUCUGUAAAGUAAUGCAGAGCACUCCAGAGAAAAAGAAAAAUAACAAAAAAAGGGAAGAAUGCAUUGUGCCAGCCAGCGUUAAGUACUGAAGUAUUUUAGCAGCAAACAUUCUUGACAGCGGUGGGCAGAGGGGAAGAGACUGGAGUGCACAAUACAAGGAGGCCGUGUUGGGCGAGCAGUGUUUCCUUGACCGCUAAAUGCCUCUUCUUGGCUGUUAGUGUGUGUUGUUACCUUCACAGAACUAACUUCCUCAUUUUUUUAUGUUUGUUUUUAUUAAUUGAGACAAGGUGGAAGCUCCUCCUGUUUCAGAUGAAACAAAACCAACCAUAAGUGAUCAUUUUCUUUAUCAGUUUCUGUUGAGGUUGCACAGCUUGUUAGGAUAGCUAUUUUAGUGACGUGGUUAUGAUAUUAUGUGCUUUCUUUCCCCUCCCUCUCCCUGCCAGAUCUGGCUUACCCUUUCUAUAUAAGGCGCUGUGUGGGUUUUUUUGUUUUGUUUUGGGGACAUGUGGAAAAGAAGCAAAAUGAAGUGAAAAUGCAAGCCAAGGUAGAACAGCCUUACUUUAGGGGGUAGCCUUACAACAGAGCUUUAUAGUGAGUGUGCUGUAUUCCAAAAUAUGUAAGCCAAAAACAAACAAAAAAAGCAUUCAUUUAUGCAAAAAAAAUUUAAAAGAGGUGUUUGAAGACUUCUUUAAUAUGUACCUUCUAAAGGUGGAGUAAGGUCUCACCAAGUGAUAUGUUAUUGUGAUACUUCUUGCUGGGUCAGUAGGAAUGGGUCGGGGUAUAAGCGCUUAACGUUUCCUCCUAUGUUUUUACAAGCAGUAAGUUAAAUGUGGUAUUUAUGAAUGUGCCUUUGUGAGUAUAGUGACUGUCUAAUUGAGGAGACCGCUUGGGCUGGAGGGGAGACAAGGGUCAAUUUAUUCUUUCAAGAGGUCAGACUUUGAGAUUGCAGCCCACUGGUCCCUUUUGACAAGCAGCAUCAUUGGCUGGUCUCUACACUGCACAAUACGUAUUCAUAUGUGGUAGAAGUUGGGGUGGGGGGUGCGAAGGGAUGUCAUGUGAUGCACACAGAAGCUGUUGAUAGUUUUAGGGUAGUCUGCGUUGCAGGUUGAGUUUGUAUAUGUAUUAUGUGGCUUCUCUUUGUUUGUGUGCAUGAGUGUGAGUGUGCGUGGCUUUGGUUUUUUGUAAGCACUGGAGAAUUUGAACACAGUGAUGUUUGAGACAAAUUUAUACAUGUACAGAAGAUGAUGUUUUGUAGCUUCUGUUAAAUAGUGGGUGCAGGCACACUUUUACCCUCUCUGCCCGUGUCCUGGUAAGCAAAACAGGAAUUUUUUUUUCAACCCUUCCGACUUCCAGCACACUUAACGUUGCCAUUUAAAUGAACAGGGUAUUACACAAGAAGAAAAAAAAGUUUUUGAAAUGGUAAGGUAGAAGUGUUUAAAAGGAAAAAAAUCUGAAGUAAUUUUUUGUUUCUUCAAAGCUGUUUGUAGCUAAACAUGGGAAUCUGCAGUGUCUCCUUCCAUUUGUUUUUUUUUCCCUAAUAAUUCACCUCUUCGUCCCAUCCAAAACAUGAGGUGUACAAGAUCAAGAGCUGUUGUUGUAGCGCUUUGUAAUUCCCACCCUGAAAAGAAACUCUAGUGGGAUCCCUCAGCUCUAUUCAGGAAGACAAAGAGAGGAGAGACUCUGCAGUUUUCUUUGCUUCGCUCUCAUUCCUCUCUAAUGGCCUUGAAAUGUAUUAUUAUGCAAAUGUGAAUUUUGAUACUGAACUUAAGAAGAGGUUGUUUGUUCUUUUUUCAAAAAAAAAAAAAAAGGUCCCAUAUGUGGUCAGCAUUGCUUCUUUAUUUUGUAAGUGAAUUGUAAACUAUGCAUUCUGCAAAGGGGGUGUAGGGGACAAAGAUACUUUGCUAAACUGUUCGGGAGUUUCUGUGUCCAUGGCAUAUCCAUUAUCGUUUGGGGAAGUGGGGAAGUGAUAACUUUGAAUUAAGAAGGAAUUGAUAAGAACCUUUCUUUUGUCAGAGGCUGGACAAUUGAUAACUGGGCAGAGAUUUGAAUAACCAAUGUUGGCUGCAAAACAAAAUCAGCUCUUAGCCUUGCACAGGGUGAAUUCAGCCACACAGUGUUAACCCAGGGCCUAAAAGGUGAAUGGGACACCAGGUCUACCUGGGGAAUAUCUACCACCUCCUGUGCUCUGGCCCUUGUUAAGCUCAGGAAACCCCCUGCCACAGGCACUGGGUUUUUUUAUUUACUACUUGUUUUCCAUUUCAACAGUCCUUGUGCUCUUCCAGGAGAAUUGGAAUAUGACUAGUCCUUGAUAUUCACACUUCCUUAUCCCUAACAUUUUCUUUGCUGCUGUUUCUGGUACUCUUCAUACAGUGACAGAGCAGCUGUGGGCAGGAUGGUGGAGACAGUACUUUCUUUCUAGUGCUGAUCAAAGCCCAGCUAUGAGGAUUGUGUAUUUUCAAUGUCAGCAGCUACUGGUGUUUUGUUGUCUGGUGUUGCUGCCAGUGACUUAGCGCUAAUGGUGUGACAGUAUGUGAAAUGUUAGGGAAAGUAGACUGAUAUGUACUAUUUAAAAGGAACUAUCCUAUUUUUAUUACAAGGUGAUAUCAUAAUGGUCAUGGAAAAAGAUUUACUUCCUCACAUCUCCAAAAUGUAAUCAUUGUGAAUUAUGUGCAUUCCUUGAAGCUGGCUGAGCUUCCAGGAAGAGUCUCCUCAGAAAAUAUGUAGAUCUCGCUGCUCUCUCCAUCAUUAUAAUAGGGACCUUUUGACUUGACUUUUUCCUUUGUCCAUGGUGAACCAUGGUACUGGCAUUAUCUUAGGUGUAAUAUCAUAAACUGAGAUAUUAUCCUGCCUGUAUUCAGUGUUUUCAUGCAGCAGUUUUAUUUUUGUUGACAUUCACAGUACUGUAAUAAGUAAUAGACUUGAUGAUCACUCUCGCAUCUGUGCCUGCCUUGCAGAUGUGAUCUUAUCAGGGUUCCACUCUGUCAGAAUGCCUUUAAAAAAAAAAAAAAAAAAACAAACAAAAAAAAAAUCAGAAGCUUAAACUCAUUCACAAAAAUACCUCGUGGUACAUUUUCCCUUCUGAUGUAACCUUUUAAAUCUUAGUUUUUCUUCUAAAAUUGAUGGGCUAUUAUUUCCAUCUGUUAUCUCCUUUGUAAAAAGAUAUUUGAACUAGUGGUCUUGAGCACAGGUUUGGGAAGCCUGAAACUCCUGAAUUUUAGCAUUGGCCAUUACUCUUCCCUUGCCUUGGGCAAGUCAUUUAACUACUUUGCCUUUAUUUUUUCACCUGUAAAGCGGGGUUGUUAAUAAUACUUACCUACCUCACAGGGGUUUUGUGAGGAUCAACUAGUAAUGUUUGUCAAGUGCUUUGACGAAAAAAGCAUGGUAGAAGUAUUAUGAGGUUUUCACAGCAAGAUCGCUAGUUCUUUUUACAUUGUUUGCUCGUGUGGAGGGAGAUAACCCUUUUGAUUUUUUUAAUUAUUGAAUCCAUUAGACACUCAGAUCCUAAAUGAUAGAAGUUGAUAGAGAUUCAGUUACUCAUACUCUUCAGUCUUUAUGCCUGUUUCCAUCUUCUUCUCUUCUUUAUAUAGUUACGCCAGUGUUGCUACAGGUCACAUGUCUCCAGUACUUUUAGGUAAGCUUCAACAUUGAAGUACUUGGAGCUUGCUGCUUCUUUCACCAGACCACCAAAUCAGAAAAAGUUUGUGUACUUCUCCCUGCCAUUAAAUGGCAGUUUUGGUAAUGUCAUCUUUCAAGUAGACACAUCCUUUCCUGCCAUCAGGAAGGGGAGGUGGUGGUGUGUAGUACCAGAGAGGGGACUGUAAGAUGAAGAACCUGGCCACUUUAUGCUGCUGCUCCAGGGAUGAAGGGCAGAGUAGCUUCCUGUGUCCUUCCCUGAGUUAAUUUCAGUGUGUUACCAGUCACACUUCAAAUGCAGUGUCUCUUCUUCUUGUCCACAACAUACAGAAGCCAUCACCUGCCAACAGAACGUAGGAACAGAGAGAAUGAUAGUAGAUGCUGCUUGUGUAUAUGCCUUACAACUCUCCCAAAAUGUCUCUGGGAGGGUGGUGGGGGAUGAGGUCUUCAUUGGGUAAAUCCCACAGCUGUCAGGGAACCUCUGCUACUUUCUCCCCUCUUAAUCACUUGGUCCCUGUUUCUUCCUUCUUGGAUGUGCGUCUCAGGGAUGUGCAUAUGAGCCCAUGCCUCUUGGAAUUUGGCGUUUGAAAUAUCAAGAACAUGGUUUCUGUACCUGAAACCUUUCUGUCUAACACUCCCUGGUCCUCUCUGUCCUGCGUUGCUCCCCCUGGCCUUAGGAACAUCUCUCCACUGUUGCCCUACGCCAUCCUCUCCAUCUCUGCCAGUAAUCAAGGUGAAGUGUGUACAGUGAUUCUGCAGAGAAAGAAGCUGAAGUGAUGCAAGUGCACCUGUGGCAUUUACACACAGAGGUAUCUUGGUUUUCUGCCACAUCUGCUCUAAAGCCUGUAGAACAUCUGAUGCAUAGUGCUUUUUCUUUCUCAUCUAGAAAGCAGAACAAACAGCAGUAUAAAUCUGAUUAUGGUAAUUCUGUAAUGUUUACUUUUUACUAAAUGCUAAGUAUUGUCCUCAAAGAAUCAAAAAAACACCCACCUUCUAACAAAAAUAACCAAAUGUAAUCUUCCUGGGUGCGGAAGAGGAAAGGGGAAGAGGAAAAGCAGUGACAGGGGAGUGUUCUGAUCUAUUUUCAUCUCCACUGCUCGGCUGGAGGUGUGAAAUGCUGCUUUGAGUUCCACAAACAUAAGGGAUUAUGUUUACAAAGGUAAAUGCCUUCUACCUGUUCAGGAAACUGGCUACUGGUGGGCAUCGGGAGUUUGGCAAGUUUCUCUUCAUUGCAAACAAGUAAUAGGAGAAUGGUGUGUCUGGAAGAGGAAUGGAGAAACAGAUUCAUUUCAUCUAGUCUUCUUGGUAAUAUAAUGCCCCCUUCUCUCCUUAUGGAAUGGAGGGAGGAGGUGGCUUAAUAGAAAAUCAUUGAUGUCCAAUAUGGCUGGAUUAGAAAAGGCAGCUUUUCUACUUUGCACAUAAAUAGGUAACAGGAAGGUACAGCUAAAGUCCUCUUGCCUAAAACACUGUCCCCCAGAAGCAGACAUUGUAAUAAUAAAAAUAGUGGCUGUGUGUGUAUUGAUGCUAUUUGCAAGUUACCUGUAAGUGUUUGUUGUUUUUUUUUUUUUCUUAUACUUGAAAUGGCUUCCUUUACUAAACUCUUACCGUAGUUCUGAUUUCUCCCCUCUUUCUGUAGUGUGCAGUAAGGAAAAUUACAUGACAAAUGGGGAGAAUGUAGAGGAGAUGACACAAUGUCUUGCAUAUCCAUGUUUCAUCUUAAUUUCCAUCCCAUAUUCUCAGAAUUGUUUGAACUGCCUAAGGGUUUUCCAUGGACACAGAAACUCAGCACUUUAGAAGGUGCUCUUGUAAGGCUGGCUGCCCCCUUUUCCUCCUUUUCUAUAUUUUUAUUUUACUUUUAGUAUAGUGGUACUUAAGAUCACUGGUUCACUUAAAAAGAAAAAAAAAACCAAUAAAAUGUUUAAACUCUACUAAUGUACAAAUAAGCUGAAAUGUUGCAUUUUAUGUGUAUUUUUGCCAUAGCAGGUACUGUAUUUCUCAUGCUGGAUUUAGAAAAAAAAAAAAAAAGGAAAAAAAAAGAAAAAAAAACAAACAAAAGGGUGACGUUUUAUUGGAGUGUGACAAGUUAAGAGUAAUAAAGAAUUAAGUCGUCGUCAUUUCAUUGAAACUGAGAGAUGGUGUAAUACUUAUAUAUAAGUUUUCUGAAGGUUUUUUUUUGGGCUUUUAAACAGCUUUUUUGGUUUUUUGUUUUCCUUGUUUUGGUUUUGUUUUUUUGGUUCUUUUUUUUUUUGUUUUUUUGUUUGUUUGUUUGUUUUGAAAGAUAUGAUUGUAUUAUGUGCAACUCAGUUGCUUACAUUAUAACUACAAACUAUUUUUGGGUUCCUGGAAAAAAAAUAAAAAAAAUACUAAUAAAUGUGUUUGGCUGCUAAGCAUUUAAA